AUGAUAAUAAAUUGAGUAUUAAAACAACUAUUUAAGAAAUAUUAUAUUAAUUCGUGAUUGAAAGUGAUAUUUUAUGGUCAAAUUUACUUUUAUUUAUAUACGGUAUUUUAUUUUUCAAUAUAAUUUACCUACUUUUUUCAAUGACAUCAAAAAAGAAUACCUUGUUAUCAUUUUUCACAAGCAAUAAAAAAAUUCGAAGAGAAAAUGAAAAUAACGAGACUGAAGUGAACUCACCAGUAAGAAAAAUUACAGAAGUAAACAAGUCUGCAUGUACCACAAAUUCUUUAGAAAGUUUUAGUGAGGCAUCGAAUUCACGAUUACAGCAAGAUGAUUUUAUUUGUGAAAAUAAUCAAACGCUCGGCAAUGCUAAUGACAUAGGUUAUUUUGUAGAAUGUUUAUCUUUAACAGAUGCUGAUAAAAAGCUUGUGCUAACUAAUCUAUGUGUACCAGAUGUUGAAUAUAAAUUCCCAUUGCUUGCAAAAAAUGAAAAACGUGGCUUAAGAUUUCAGCAUAAAUGGCUAAAAGAAUUUAAUUGGCUGGCGUAUUCAAAUGUCAAAAAUGGGACAUUCUGUAAAUACUGUGUACUGUUUGCAAAAAAUGGUGGUGUUGGAAGCCAGCCUUUGGGUAGCCUUGUUACUGUUGCUUUCAGCAACUGGAAGAAGGCAAAAGAGACUUUUCGGGCUCGUGGAAGUUUGAAAUAUCAUACAUUGUCUGUUCUAGACUCUGAACACUUUUUAAAAUAAUAGAAAAAAAGGAACUGUCUAUAAUAGAACGCAUAGAUAAUAAUAGAAUGGUACAAAUUGAAGAAAAUAGAAGGAAAAUAGGACCAAUUAUUGAGUGUAUAAUUCUAUGUGGUAAAGAAGAGUUGGCUUUGAGAGGAUUUGGUGAUAUCUUAGUAGAUGAUGAUUCAGGGCAAGGCCAUUUCCGUGGUAUUCUCAAGUACAGAGCAAAAGGAGAUGAAUUUUUGCGUAAUGUUCUUGAGGGUUCAGGGAAACGUAAUAAAUAUACGAGUCCAAUUAUACAAAAUGAAAUAAUUCAGUCAUGUAACACAAUUUUACUAAGGAAACUAGUUAAUGUGAUUAAUAAAUCUAAAUGUUUCUCUGUUCUGGCUGAUGAAACAACCGACAUAUCGACUAAAGAGCAACUCAGUAUAUGUGUUUGAUAUAUUGAUAAAAACAAUAAGUUGCAUGAGAACUUUUUACGAUUUUUUGAAAUUGAUAGCUUGACUGGUUAUGACUUGGCUAUCUCAAUAUUAAAUGGCUUAAACAGAUGUGGAAUUGAUUGCAAUUAUUUAUAUGGCCAAGGCUAUGAUGGGGCCAGUAAUAUGGCUGGUCGAUUUAAAGGAGUACAGACUAUUGUGAAAUCUAAAUACCCCAACGCUAUAUAAUAUGUACAUUGUGCAGCACAUUCGCUGAAUUUAGCUGUUUCAACAGCUAGUGGCAUAAAACCUAUCAGAAAUUGUUUGGGGGUGAUCG